ACAAGUCAACUUGUCAUUGAAUCCGGCGGCGGGCUAGAGACCGGUCGUAAACAUCGUUGUUAAGUUUUAUUAAUUAAUAAAUAACGGGGAUUACCAUUCAAAAUGAAAGGCGACAAAAAUGUGGACAUUCAAGCACUGAAAGACAUCGCCAAUAAGCUAAGGAUCGACAGUAUCGUCGCCACAAAUGCGUCCAAAUCGGGACACCCGACAUCAUGCGCGUCCAUGGCGGAGAUCAUGUCGGUGCUGUUCUUCCACACCAUGCGCUACAAGAUCUCGGCGCCGAAGGACCCCUCCGCCGACCGGUUCAUUCUCUCCAAGGGUCACGCAGCCCCCAUCCUGUACGCAGCGUGGGCUGAGGCCGGACUCUUCCCUGUUGAGGAGCUGAAGAACCUCCGCAAGCUGGACUCCGACCUGGAGGGCCACCCCACCCCCCGCCUGAACUUCGUAGAUGUGGGCACCGGCUCGCUCGGACAGGGGCUCGCCGUAGCCGCUGGUAUGGCCUACGUCGGCAAAUACUUCGACCAGGCGCCCUACAGAGUGUUCUGCCUGAUCGGUGACGGCGAGGCGGCCGAGGGCAGCGUGUGGGAAUCGCUACACUUCGCGAGCCACUACAAACUAGACAACCUCGUCGUCAUCUUUGACGUGAACCGUCUCGGACAGUCCGAGCCUACAUCGCUGCAACACAAGUUGGACGUAUACGACGCCCGCAUGAAAGCGUUCGGUCUCCACUCGCUGGUGGUGGACGGUCACGACGUGUCGGAGUUGGUGAAGGCGUUCGACGAGGCCGCGUCCGUGCAGGGCAAGCCCACCGCCAUCGUGGCCAAGACCUUCAAGGGCAGGGGCUUCCCCGGCAUCGAGGACCAGGACAACUGGCACGGAAAGGCGCUGGGCGCUGAGGGAGACAAGAUCAUCAAGCACCUGCAGUCGCAGAUCAAGAGCAGCACGAUCUCGCUGAAGCCGGCGGCGCCGCUGGCGGAGGCGCCGCGCGUGCACCUGGGCGACGUGACGCUGUCGGCGCCGCCCGCCUACUCGCGCGGGGACCAGGUGGCCACGCGCCUCGCCUACGGGACCGCGCUCAAGAAGAUCGCUGACACCAACAUGCGAGUUAUCGCUUUGGAUGGCGACACCAAGAACUCGACGUUCAGUGACAAGCUUCGCAAUGCCUAUCCUGAAAGAUACAUCGAGUGCUUCAUUGCCGAACAGAACCUGGUGGGUGUGGCCACGGGCGCCGCUUGUCGUGACCGCGCUAUCGUGUUCGCCUCCACCUUCGCCGCCUUCUUCACCAGGACCUUCGACCAGAUCCGCAUGGGCGCCAUCAGCCAGUCCAACAUCAACCUGGUGGGCUCUCACUGCGGCGUGAGUAUCGGUGAGGACGGGCCCUCGCAGAUGGGGCUCGAGGACCUCGCGCUGUUCCGCGCCGUGCCCUCCGCCACUGUCUUCUACCCCUCUGACGCUGUGUCGACAGAGCGCGCGGUGGAGCUGGCCGCCAACACGCGCGGCAUCUGCUACAUCCGCACGUCGCGGCCCAACACCAACAUCCUCUACGCCAACGACGAGGUCUUCAAGGUGGGCUCUGCCAAGAUCGUGAGACAGUCUCCCAAGGACAAGGUGCUGCUGAUAGGCGCCGGCGUCACGCUACACGAGGCGCUGCUGGCCGCCGACAAGCUCAAGGCUGAAGGUAUUGAGGCCCGCGUGAUGGACCCAUUCACGAUCAAGCCUCUGGACGAGGCGGCCGUGCAGCAGCACGCGAAGGCCGUCGGCGGCAGGGUCGUCGUCGUCGAGGACCACUACCAGGCCGGCGGCCUGGGCGAGGCGGUGCUGUCCGCCCUGGCCCUGCAGCGCGCCUCGCUGGUGCGGCACGUGUGCGUGCGCGCGCUGCCGCGCUCGGGGCCGCCGCAGGCGCUGCUCGACACGUUCGGCAUCUCCGCCGCGCACGUGACGCGCGCCGCGCACGCGCUGCUCGAGGCCUAGCCGCCGCACCACAGCGGUGCCCACACAGAACGACGGCCCUACAUCAUCUAAAUUAACAUUCCUAUAACAGCCAAACAUUCCGGCCAAAUUCUAUGGUCUACAUGGUCCAAUAUUCAUACAGCUCCCGUCAUUGUUUAACUAGUUCCUAAGCACAGCUCUGUCUUACGUCAAAAGAAACACGUAACAACGGAAUUACAAUUUAUUUUAGAGAUCUUUUCUAUACUUUUUAUAUGAUACAAGUUUAAAAUGUUGUAUUGUCUACUAGUGCCUUUUGUAAAGUGCUCUCGCACAAAGAGAGACGGGUGAUGCGUUUUAGAUGGAGUUUUUGAAGGUUUAGAGAUGUAAGGAUAUUAUAUAGUUAUUUUUUUAUGAGCACGUUGAAAGUUAUCAAAUAUUACUUUGUUGAUUGUCACCAAAUCGGUCAAACUGAAUCAAAUAAAUCAAAUUGUGUUUAUUUUACUGUAAGUAAAAUUGUUAAGUUUGUGCUCCAACAAGCACAGUUGAUUUGGAGAAAUGUCGCACAAACAGCCUACUUGUGCCGCUGUCCUCUCCGCGCAGCUGCAGUUGUGACUUUACACAUAUGCGGGGCUUCCUGGUUGUUGAAAUCAUACACGAUAUAGAUUUUGUUAAAUGUUUUAAUUGGUGUAUUACAUUCCUGUUUCCAUUUCCUUUUAUAUUUUUGUCAUGGAAUCAAGUGUUUUUCUUUGCAAUAAAGUUUAUUGUAUACAUAA